AUGUCAUUUUCUACAAAAUCUACGUGCAUUAACAAUCAUCUCAUCAAUUCAAUUUCUUCUUCUUGUAGUUAUCAAAAUCAUAACAGAAAAUUGUUCUUCUCGUAUAUCAAUUUAAUUCCGAACUCAAAACGGGAAGUUGAGAUUAGCAUAAGAAUCUCUGCUUCGAGUCCCAAACGUGGUUUUGGGCCGUCCUCUAAGAAAUCCUCUGCACUUGAAAAGGAGGAGGAGAAGAAGAACAACAAAAGGCAAUCAUUCUCUCAGCAGCCGCCCACGCAAUCAAAUCAGGCACCUAGCUUAGGUUCUCGAAUUGAUGGAAAGACUAACAUCAUCUCCUCUGAUGAUCUUCAGUUCGAACAGAGGCUGCAAGCAAUUAGACAGUUGGCACUUGAGCAGAAAAAAUCAGAGGAGGAGAAACAAUAUGGUGCAAUUGACUAUGAUGCUCCAGUGAAGACUGAGAGUAGCACAAUUGGGCUGGGGACUAAGAUUGGAGUUGGAGUUGCAGUCAUUGUGUUUGGGUUGGUUUUUGCACUCGGGGAUUUUCUUCCUUCUGGAAGUGUGAGCCCCACGGAGGAAGCCGUUACCAUCGGUAAUACAAUUUCAGAAGAAGAGAGAGAAAAUCUUCAGAAGAGGCUGCGGCAAUUUGAAGAAACACUUAUUAUGUCCCCAGAAGAUCCAACUGCUCUUGAAGGGGCUGCAGUGACCUUAGCAGAACUGGGAGAGUAUAGACGUGCUGCGACAUUGCUUGAAAAAUUGACUGAGAAGAAACCAAAUGACCCUGAUGCUUUUCGCUUGCUUGGUGAAGUUAAAUAUGCGCUCAAAGAUUAUGAAGGAAGUGCUGUUGCAUAUAGAAGUUCUGCAAUGGCAUCGAACACUAUAGAUUUUGAAGUCUUGCGUGGCCUUACAAACUCAUUGCUGGCUGCAAAAAAGCCUGAUGAGGCUGUUCAAGUGCUUCUGGCAUCUCGAGAACGUCUAAAUCAAGAAAAAUCUAAUGUUAAUGCUGAUAUAACUAUGAACAGUGCAACUAACACAAGAACAGAGAUCGAUCUCGUUCAAGUUGAUUUGCUUCUUGGAAAAGCCUAUUCAGAUUGGGGUAAAAUCAGUGAUGCUGUAUCGGUCUAUGAUCAGCUUAUCUCUAGCCACCCUAAUGAUUUCCGGGGUUACUUAGCAAAGGGGAUUAUCUUAAAAGAAAAUGGAAAUAUUGGCGAUGCAGAGAGAAUGUUUAUACAGGCACGAUUUUUUGCACCAGAAAACGCAAAGAUACUCGUGGAUAAAUAUUCACGAUAA